AUGAAGAGGUCAAUCAAGGUUUGUCAUUCCAAAACACAUGGGUUUCCAUUGGCAGAGAAUAUAUCUCAUCACGAACUUCGAAUAGACCACAAUGUUCUUUCAACACUAAAGCUAUCACUACUUCCAGGGUCUUAUAUAAGAGUCGAGCUUUUUCCCACACCUAAGAGUAUCUUCAUCAAUGACUCUUUCAACAUGAUUGAUGUCUACUCUGUGUACAAGGACGGGGUAUUAUUCUUCAACCAGAAGCCGAUUCCAUGGGAGUCCGAUGGACAGAUAUCCUGGGAGAAGUAUAAAGAAAAGUUGAUAAUCUAUGUUUCAGAGACGCUAGCCCAUGGCAUGGAGUAUAUAGAGGGACUGAAUGAUCGUUAUGUGUUCUAUACAAAAUAUAACCUUCUAAAUCCUAUCAAUGUAAAUCAAUGUAGAAAGGAAUUACAGAAACUCUCCAGAGAGUUUGAACUUAUGAAUAGAAUAGAAGGAUUACAGCUGUCUACACCAAAAGAAGUUGGAAAACCUUUUGUUGAGGAAGCAUACGAUGUGCUUCUGUCCUACAGAGGAAAUCCAGAUUUGGGAAUCAGGUUUAUUCUGGAAGCAAUAGAUGUGCUGCCGUUUUUUACCAUCACAAAAAUGGCUAAGAGUAUUGUCAAGGCAAGAAGAUAUCAAGCUGUAUUACUGUACUAUAGAGUGUAUCUAAAGUCUCUAGAAAAGGAAAGGUACAGGACUGCAUUUUUGUUUGGUAUAAGUGCGGCAAGGCUUCUCAAGCAGGGGACAAGCAUAGGGCUUGAGGAGACAAUAAAGCUAGAGAUACCUAGGUGUGUCAAAGAAAGAAAUUGGAGAAUGGUACUUAGGGAUGUAAUGAACAAAAUAGAAGUGCUGGACUCAUCCAAGUAUGGAACAAAUCCAUAUAGGUUGUUUGAUGUUGAUGGAAGUGAGUUUACUGUUGGAACUGUGGAGUUAGCCCAAUCCGAUAUUGUUAAGCGCUCUGGGAAUACUGUGUUGUUUGAUGGAGAAAAUACAAAGGUAUAUUUCACAGAUCGAUUUAGAAUCAAGAUUACAUUCUCUAGAAUAUCCCAUACCAGCCUCCACGGGAUAUUGGCAAGUACUAUAAGUGCAUCCAGGAUAUUCAUACCUAUAUACAAGACUCUGUAUGAAAGCCCAGCGACUGUCAAUGUGUUUUUCAAUUUCUCUCAGCUAUUGAUUGAGAAUGAAGCCGAUGAGGCUGAGAUAAGGCUGGAAGAGUUGAUUUUCUCUGGUAGGAUUAUCGUGCCUAUUGACUUGGCAAUUACCUGGGUGAGGAAAAAGAGCACCAUAUGGGUCAAGAGUGUUAGCCCGGUUGACGAGGAUGGAAGAGUCACUUUUUUACUUGCAUUGUCUAAUUUAAAAGGGUUUGAGUCUAGCGUGCUUGGUCCAGAUGUUGUAGAAAGGAAAGGCUGUGUAGUUGCUGUUUCUUCGCACCUCUCCCAGAGAUCUAAAACAUGCUUACACCAUGAGAUUUCAGAAAAUAUAUUUGAGACAUUCGAGCUCGUUUAUUAA